ACUCAUAGACGUUAGCAGGCAGAAUGUUUCUACUGUGGGCGUUGCCCGUGGCGUUGUAUCUGUUCUAUCGGUGGAGUGUGGCCACAUACGAUUACUUCGAAAAGCGCAACAUCCCGUACGUGAAGCCGGUUCCGUUUUUCGGUCAGGUGUGGUCCUUCUUUACGCAGGAAAAGCAUGCCGUAGAUGUGGCCUCGGAAGGUUACUACAUGUUCCCGGACACACGCAUCUCGGGUGUGUUUAUGUUGCGAACACCGGCCUAUCUAGUGCACGAUCCGAUACUGUUCAAGGAGAUGGCGAUCAAGGAUUUCGAUCACUUUACGGAUCACGUGGCGGAAAUAUCGGUAGAGCAUGAUCCAUUGCUCGCCCGAUCACUCUUCUUCACCAGGGGUGCACGGUGGCGCCAUCAUCGUAGUGGUUUGAGUCCUGCCUUUACUGGGAGCAAGAUGCGCAACAUGUUUGCCCUAGUCGCCAAGAGUGCCGGUGAUGCAAUGGAACGGUUGGUGGUCUUUUCACGCGGUAAACCGUUCACAAUGGAGCUGCGUGAUCUUUACUCGAAGCUGGGGAAUGAUGCAAUGACGUCGAUAUCUUUCGGUGUGGAGGUCGAUUCACUAACCGAUCCAGAUAACGAGUUCUUCUUGAAGGGGAAACGGUUGGCAAAAGUGGACGGUCUGCCUGGGCUGAAGAUGCUCAUGACCACGAUUCUUCCUGGUUUGUUCAAAUUUCUAAGACUUGGUGUGCUGUACAAGGACGUGAACGAGUUCUACCAGGAAGCGGUCGCAACAAACAUUCGCUACCGCGAGAAGGACUACAUUAAGCGUCCCGACUUUAUCCAUCUACUACUUCAAGCUCGCAAAAACCAGCUGAACAACGAGCAAAGUGAAGAUGAUGAUGAGCUCCAGAGUGCCGGAUUCUCGACGGCCGAAACACACAGAAUGGAGAGAGAUACCUCCACCGAAAAGCUACAGUGGCGAGACGUAGACAUAACCGCGGCAGCCGCUUCAUUCUUCUUUGGUGGCAUUGAAUCUACCACUACACUGCUCUGUUUCGCCAGUUACGAGUUGGCCGUUAAUCGAGACAUUCAGGCACGUCUCAAAAUUGAAGUCGAUAACGCUCGCCAGGAGUUGGAGGAUGGAAAAACACCUACUUAUGAGGUCUUGCAGAAAAUGAAGUACCUAGAUAUGGUUGUAUCGGAAACGCUACGUCGUUGGGCCCCGUUUGGUCUAACGAAUCGGCGAUGCACUAAAGACUACACGUUCACCAACACCGAUGGCACCAAGAUUACGAUUGAGCGAGGUUUAAACAUCUCGAUUCCAUUGAAAUCAUUUCAUCUGGAUGAGAAAUUCUUUCCCGAUCCACUCCGUUUCGAUCCGGAACGGUUUGCCAAUCCGAACCAGAUCAAUCAGGAUGCGUAUGUUCCAUUCGGGACCGGUUUGCGGAACUGCAUCGGCUCGAGACUGGCGCUGAUGCAGGCCAAAUGUUUCCUCUUCUACAUGUUAUCCAACUUUACGAUUCAACCCGGCGCCAAGCUGACCAUACCAAUUACGCUCGAUGAAACGUCGGCUGGGCUGAACGCGAAACAUGGCUUCUGGAUGAACCUGGUGCCGAGGUACGUUUAGCCGAGCCUUCAAGGCAAAGUGUGUGAUAAGAU